UGAUAACGAUACUAUUCUAUGUCAAAGUAUUUGUAUAUUCUGACAAGUCAUAUUUUAUGCUUGACAUUCAUUCACUUUACAGGCCGUAUUUUCUUGAUAGAAUAAUGAUAUUAGAUAGACAAAUUCAAAUCAAAUUUCUACAAUCAAUAUCAUAGUACCGUUUAUAAAAGAUGAUUAAUUUUUAUUUUCAUUCUGUAAAGUGAUGAAUUCAUCAUGAUAGAUAAAAAUUUAUUUUCAAGUAUUUUUAUUCACAGAUAAUAAGAAUUCGAAGCAAAUAUGGAGGGUUCGAAGGUUACGGAUUCCAUCCGAUCUACUACAGCUCCGGAAUCUAUCCAAUCUACUACUGCAGCUCACAAUUCCAUCGUUAAAACUAAUUUGGUUCAGGAUUCCAUCAUUCGACCUACUAGAGCUCCAGAUUUUCCUAUCAUUAGAUCUAUAGAAUGGGAAAUGAUGGAUAAAAGAAAAUUUUUUCCGUUAUCAAUGCUAAGUUCAUUUUCAAUCAGGUGUUUUUUAUAUCCUUUAACUGUUGUGCGAACAAGGUUACAACUUCAAAAGAAUCACGCAUUUUAUUCAGGCACAUUUGAUGCAUUAACUCAAAUUUAUCAAUCUGAAGGACCUAGAGGUUUAUAUCGUGGUUUUUGGAUCUCAUCAGUUCAAGUUUUCAGCGGAUUCUUUUACAUAUCAACAUUUGAAGGAUUAAGGUAUAUAUGCACUCAACAUGGUUUCGAUAUGAGAACUAAAGCAUUAAUAGCUGGAGCAGCAGCCUCGGUGGUCGGUCAGACAAUAAUUGUACCUUUUGAUGUAAUUAGUCAACAUUUAAUGGUUCUAGGAGCGUGUACAAAAACUAAAUGUGAAAUGAACCCAUUGGGUAUAGAAAUAAAUGAAAAAAAUCGAACAUUAAAUUUUCUUUUAGUAUGUAAAAAGAUAUUACAAAUUGAUGGCAUUAGAGGAUUUUAUAGAGGUUAUACUGCUAGUCUUUGUUCUUAUGUACCAAAUUCAGCAUUGUGGUGGACAUUCUAUCAAAUUUACCAAGAUGAAUUGUUCCGUAUAAUGCCUGAAUCUAUGCCUCAAUUAGUUAUACAAAGUAUUGCGGGCUCAUUUGGUGGAUUUACAACAACUAUUAUAACAAAUCCGUUAGAUGUAGUACGAGCUCGUUUACAAGUACAAAGGAUUGGUACCAUGCGACGAGCGUUUAAAGAUUUGUGGCAUGAAGAGAAAUUAAUGAUGUUCACUAAAGGAUUAAGUGCUCGUUUGGUUCAAUCGGCUGCUUUUAGUUUUAGUAUAAUUUUAGGAUAUGAGACAAUAAAACGUAUAUCUGUAACAGAGGAAUACAAGGGUUUUGUACGCUGGUGAAUCAUGUUUAUUCAUUGAUUUCUCUAAUAUUGACUUAGUACUAUUAACAAAAUUUGAUUUUUCGCUAGGUUAGUUUAGAUAUUAUCUUAUUUUGAAAAUUCACAAAAUUG